AUGACUGCCAAGCUCUCCAAGGAGUUGAGGCUGUCCCUGCCGCCUUGCCUCCUGAACAGGACGUCCGCCACCUUGAACGCCAGCAGCACCUGCAUCGCGCAAGUGGGUCAGCUCUUCCAGUCCUUCUCGUCCACUCUGGUUUUAAUCGUCCUGGUCACCCUCAUCUUCUGCCUGAUCCUCCUCUCCCUCACCACCUUCCAUGUCCACAAGAGGAAGAUGAAGAAGCGGAAGAUGCAAAAGGCUCAGGAGGAGUACGAAAGGGACCACUGCACCCGCAGCAGCAGUAGCGGCAGCCGGCAGCACCCCGGGACAGGGGCGCGGGGAGAGACACCCCAAGGAAGAGACAGCCGCCUGGGAAGACCCCCCCAGGACUCAGAGAUCCAGCGCCCCUCUCCCUCGGCAGCCCCCAGCUCCCAGCAGCCACGGGCUUCUUUGGACACAGCUGGCACGGGGCUCUUGCAAACGGUGAUUUUGUCAUGA